CUAUUGUCUCUGCCCUGGGCAAGAGAACAACUGGUACAAGGCACUUUAAGAGUAGCUUCACCAUCUGGGAGGGAGGCAGAUCCACAGAGAAGAGCUUCUGAAGGAGCUGGCCGUGGGAUUCAGUGAAGAUUUAUUCUGUCCCCUGAGAUGUGCAGCUGCUGCCAGGAGAUCCGUUUUGGUGCCAGUGAAGAGAAAAAACAAGCAAGCCGCCACUAUUACAACAAACAAACAAACUCCCACAAAAACCAGUGACUUUGGAGGUGUAAAUCUCUUCAUGACCAACACUGACAUCCUGUCAUUGAACAUUUCAGAGAGGCAGCUAAGAUUUCAACUGGGGAAACGCCGUGCCACAGCAUCAAGAGACAACACCUGCGCCCCCCUUGCCUUCCACAGUAAUUGCUUUGCACCAUGGGAAAUGGCAUGAACAAGGUUCUCCCUGGACUUUACCUUGGGAACUUCAUAGAUGCCAAAGAUUUGGAACAACUGAGCAGGAAUAAGAUCACCCACAUUAUUUCAAUCCAUGAAUCUCCCCAGCCACUACUGCAGGAAAUGACGUAUCUUCGCAUUCCUCUGCCAGAUACACCUGAGGCCAACAUCAAGAAGCACUUUAAAGAAUGUAUCAGUUUUAUCCACUACUGUCGCCUGCAUGGAGGGAACUGCCUUGUUCACUGCCUUGCGGGGAUCUCCCGGAGCACCACCAUUGUUGUUGCCUAUGUCAUGGCAGUGACGGAGCUAAGCUGGCAAGAGGUAUUGCAGGCGGUAAGAGCAGUGCGACCGAUUGCCAAUCCCAACCCCGGCUUCAAGCAGCAGCUGGAGGAGUUCGGCCACGGCCCUGCACAAAAGAUUCACAGACACCUGGAGCAGAGAUAUGGAGCCGACAUUUUCAAUGACGAGGAGGAGAUAAGACUCCUGCUUCCAGCAGACAGAGAAGGCACAUCCAGAACAGAUGGACCUCUGCAGGGACUGGUGCCAAGGAGCAGAGACAUCAAGAACACAGUCCCGUUUCUGCUGCGGGUGAAGCAGACAUUCUCCUGCAUCCCCAUCUGUUUGAAGUGAGUCCAGCUGAGGCACAGAGGGGAGGGAAGCAAGGCAUUCUGGGAAAGUGCAUAGCCUAACAUAUCAGACUGGCAAACACCAAGGCCUGGAAAGGGACAUCCCUGCUAUUGUGUGUCGGGGAGAGGUAUGGUCCAGUGGAGCAAGCACAGGCCUGGGAGCCAGGAACUCCUGGGUUCCCAUCCAACCUCUGUAGUCUUCCUCUGUGGCUUUGGGCAAGUCACCAAACAUCUGCCUCAGUUUCCACAUCUAACGUGUGGGGGUUUAAUUAAUUAAUUAAUGGGGGGUGUGGGGGGGUUUCUAUUUCCCAGGCUGCUGUGAGGAUUGGUUAGUAAAUAUACAAAGGGCACUGGGAGGGUUAGAUGUGCUGACUAUCAUCAUCAGUAAACAGAAGGGCCUUGAGCACACUGCACUGAGCCCCAGCUUACUGAGUGCUACAGAUCAGAACAGCUGUGCAGGAGGGGAUUUUCCUGCUGCUAAGAGACUGUGUUGGAAAGUAGCAGCCAGGGAUGGACUUUGGCAGCAGGUUGUAAUACUUCAAUAAAUGCUGCACUGAACCCAUAAAAAUAAAAUAAAGCGUGGGGGGGAUGUCUCUUUAUAGACGAGACUUUUUCAUCAGCAAGUGGUUUCCACUGUCCAGGGGGAUUGAUAAGAAGUGUGUGUGUUUUCCAUUAGACCCAGUACACCAGCCAGGAGACAGCUCUCAUGCAGGCAAAGGUCCCAGCUGUAAGCAACAGGCUAAGUAGAAAUCAAGAGUGAAUUAUGUGUUAACAGAGUUGCACUACAUUUCCUCUGAUCCUGGUGUGGUCUCCCACAGGGGGCAAAUAAUAUUUAACACAGGGCCGGGUAUUGCUAGAGCUGAAUAUUAAGCCAUUUUGUUUGAAGACUUUUUACAUACUUAUUUCCUAAUAAACUUCUUCUCAGUGCAGAAUUUUAUGUACAUUUCAGCACAGGGCAGAGUUCAAUCGGAAAAAGGGGGUGUGACAACUGGGGAAGGCUGGGAGUGAGCAGGCUCUCUGGAGCCAGAAAGCCUUUGGGAGUAUGUAACAUCCCUGCCACGAACGCUCCCGUGUGGUUGCAGCAGAGUGGACUAGGACAUUAAUUAUUAAUGCUUACUGCUAAUUUAUUUACACAGUGUCUAAUGUGCACCAGGUUCUUUGCAGAGCAAAUAAAGAGACAAACUCUCUGCCUUGAAGACCUUACACAGCCCAUGGCCCCAGGCCCGCAGGGAGCUUCACCCACGAGAACCUCUGCAUCUGCAGAGAGCUCUAUGGACAUUAGAGGAGACAAUGCAGACAUGGGGCUCUGUCUGCACAGAGCUCGGGAUCAGAGCCAGGCAUCAUUCCAGCUGUUUUGGACAUUAAAGUUAAUAAACUAGUGUAAAAACAACUCUAUUUAGGAGUGUCCCCCUUCACCCUCUGUCCUGACCUCUAGUACUGCACCUCCCAUGGCAGCAAUGUCCCAGUCCUGGGUGACGAGAGCUCGGAGGCCCAUGCGUGAAAGUGCAAUUUUAAAAAAGAGUGGAAUAAAGAACUCGUACAGCUGUGUCCCCGAGUGCAGACUGACAAAGCAAUUGGACAUACCUGGCAAGCGCCCCAUGCGCCUGGAUAGCAAAAGGACGUUGACUUUAUCCCUGCCACACUGGAGUUAAAUACCCAACAAACCUGCACCUUGGGCCCCAUAGUCCUGCCUCUACAUCAUCCAGUAAAAUCAGAUGACAGAACAUCAUCAGAACGGCGGCUGCUGCGUGACACCCAGGAGAUUCCUGUGCAAGGAGCUCUUUGGCGGGACACAUGAAACUGGUGGGAUUCAUAGCCUCAGGCUCUUCAGGACAUGGGCUCUCUCUUCCUAUAUGUCUGUGCAGCACCGAGGACUCUGGUGCCUUAACCCUCCCUCAGCGUUACAGCAGACGAAUGGAAUACCAGUCAUCUUGACGUGCUCCAUAAGCAUGCUGGGUUUCUAUGCUUCAGUGCCAAGCAUUUUCCUACGGGUGUUGCCCUUGGCUAUGCCCACACUGUGAGCUACGAGCGUGAUUCCCCUGCUUGUGCACACACACCAGUGCUGGGCCUCAUAGCCAGGACAGCACAGGGAGCGACAGCAGAGGCAUGGCUGAGCAGUGCCACGUGCAAACUCUCCUGAGACCAGUGGAUAGGUGCUUGCUGCUGCCCCUGUGCAACCGUGUCUGCGCUGCUGUUGGUUCUCACACUAGCUCCAGUGUGAGUCUGUGUAUCUGAGCGGGGCUAAUCACGCCCCAUGCUCGUAUUGUAGACAUAGCCAUAGUCUGAGCACCUGUGCUAGGCAAAGGCUCUGUGUUGCACACACUGCACCCUUGUUCAGCAGCCCUGUUCUUAUGCUCGGCAGAGGCUGGAUAACAGCUCAGAGCCCGCCUGAGGCAGUGUUACAUUCUGAAAACCAGACGUGCCCCUGGCAUCCAACCCUCACUUUGCUGGACAGUCCCCAGGCUACAGUGUUCAGGUCCCACCGCACUGGGCCCGGCGUCUGCUCUUGGUGUGAGUAGGCUGCAAUCUCCAUCUGUUCCCCACUCACAGAAAUGGGACCCGCAGCCCAACUGCCCCAAGCCCUGUGCUGACUGCCCAGUUUAAGCCCACCCUCUCCCAAGUCUCCAGCCAUGUAGGCACUCCGGGUUUACCGUUCAUCUCUUUUGGGACAUGUUCUAGUGAAAGCAGACAGUUCCCAAAACAGUCCCUCCUGCACACCGCAUCUCCUCCGAGUCACUGUCCUCUCCAUGUGCAGAGAGUUUCCUUCUUCCAUAGCAGGUCAUGCAAUUGCAUGGGACCCCUCUGCUUCAACAUGUCCCUCUGUUCUUCCUUCCUAGCCACUGACCCAAACUUCCUGUGUCUCUGCGGGUUCCUCUGAGUUCCCCUCUUCAAUUCCUCAGCCUUUGGGGGUUGUGGUUAAUGGUUGUGGUUUCUUGGUUCCCUGGUUUCCCUUUCUGGGAAAAUUCCAUGGCUUCAAACUCCAGCUCCACAGAUAAACGUGGCCGGCUGGUUUCUCUGACUUCAGCCAUCCCAUUGUUCUGAAGUGCUCCCACUGGAAUGGGAGCGAUCCAGGCGUAACGGGCCUCCAUUGUCCCUGGACUAGGAGAUAUUGUGGCACAGCCCUGACAGCACAUGGAGGAUUCCACUUGCAUGGAGGCAUCCAAUGUAUUCCACUUGCACGGAGGCAUCCAAUGUUACAGCAAUUUCAAAGCAUCAACCAGAAUUCAUUACUUGUACAUACAGAGAUUUCCCCAUGCCUGUGGUGGUAUGUUCCUCAUGCCAGGGUCCCACACUCUCUCCUCCCAGGCGAGCCAUUGCAUGUUCCCCAUUAUUAUUUAGUUUCUUUCUGGCAGGGAGAGGAGUCAUUCAGGGUGUCAACAUGUUAAAUCCCAUUGGGAUGAUGGGCUGAGCUGAAAUGCAUAAAUUAUAAGGUCCUAAGGGAUCACUCUGAUCAUCUAGUCUAACCUUCUGUAUAACACAGGCCAUAGGACUUCCAGGAUUGCCAGCCCCACAUGUUCAAAAAUCAUGAUUCGGGCUCACCAAAAAUCAUGAGAUUAUGUAAACAUAAUAGAUAUGGUGUUCUUAUUAUUUGCCUUCUGCUUUUUGAGCCUGUGGGGUGCACUGGGGGUCAUAUUUUGGAGCUUACUCCACAGCCACAAAGGCUAGAAACUUACUUUUUCUUUAAGAAUGAAGGCUGAGGUCAUCCCAGAUCCACUUGACUCCAGGAGCUGGGGCUUUAAGGAAAACAAUAAUUACCAGGAGACUCAUGACAAAAUCUUGAGAGUUGGCAACACUGGACUUCCCUGAAUUAAUUUCGGAUUGAGCUAGAGUAUAACUAGAGAUGGGGGGCAUCGUGCUAGAAGGUGUCAAUGGCUACUAUCACCUAGUACUUUGCUCUAUAGUCGAUUAACAGACUUAUUUGAAGCUGAUGGGUGUGCUAACCUGAUGCAAAGGGUGCAGCGUGUUCACCAUUUCCCCUGGUUUUCCGACUGUCACUAAAAUCAAUAGGGUUCUGCCCAUGGAUGCCUAGAACUUUCCCUGGAAUUUUGGAAUUGAUCAGAUGCAGUUGUCAGGAGUUCUCAUGUUACAGAUGCAGAAAUGCUGCUGAGAUGAGUGUAGAACUUGCUUUACUUGGCCAGUUAUAGAGUUUCAGGCCCUGAUUUUCAGCCAGUGAAGACACAGAGGUGCAUAUGCAAUUGCACACCUCACUUGUGCAUAAUGCAGCUGCACACCUGGAUCAGGUUGUUGCACACAUAUAACUAAGCAGAUGUAUUUACAUAUGCACUUUCCUAGUUUGCAUGCAAAAGUGUCAAACACAGUUACCAAUUAGGCACAUUUUGUGCAGGCAG